AUGGCCAGUGACCUGCCAGACCAGAACCGUCAGCCGAAGAACGAAGAAGCGCAGGGAGCGCACCCUGUAGACCAAGCACUCCCAAGAAGAGCUACUUUACCGCCCAUCCUGACGGCCACCCCCCCUUGUCUGCCCGUCUAUCUCUAUCUAACCGCCCGUGUCUUCGUCCGCCUGGCUCGCCUGUCGCUGCUUUGUUUGGCUGCGUGUUUCAUGCGUGCUGACUACGCAAGCCCCUUUUCCCUGUCCUGUCCACGCAAGCUGCAGCCAACAAAAAAGGUUAACGUGACUUUCUCCGGGUUUCUCCAGAAAGGAAAAACAACAUCUUCAAAUUCUUUCUUCACUCUCGCUCUUCUCUCCCUUCUCCUGUUCCGAGAGACCUCUUCAUCCAUCUUCUUCACACUCGUUCGAGUCCAUUCUCCGGGGCGACUACUUUCUCUUUCGUAA